UGCACUUUGUUUUCUUUUAUGAUUUAAAAAAUAAAAAAUUAAAAAAUUAUUUGAUCAUACAGAUAUUUAGACAUCAAAAUCUGUGAACAAAAUGCCGGUUAUGUACAAUACUGGAGACUGGGUCGACCUGAGACCAGGAAAUACCUUUCGGAAAAUCGAAUUGUACAAUAUUGAUUGGCCUUCUGAUUUAGAUUUAGAAAAAAUGGCCAUUUGUGGAGCUCCAUAUGGUGGUCCCAUAGCAAUGAUAAGAGAUUAUCAACAAAUUUUAGAAUACAAAGCGAGCUCUGAUAAACCUGUUAUCUAUAUAUUUAACUGUGCUGGUUCAUUUUUAUCAGCAAUUAAGUGGAAACAUGGACAUUUAUUGGCUAUGGGAUGGAAUGAAAGCGAAGAAUUGUUAUGUGUUCAGAACGAUGGUCUUGUAUUUAUAUAUGAUAUGUUCGGACAAGAAAAACAUCACCUUAGUAUUUGUCAAGAAGCUAGUCUCACCAAAGUUAUUAGUGCUAAAAUUUUUCCAACACAAACUGGUACUGGUAUAGCUGUUAUGACAACAAAUUUUAGAAUAUUUUUCAUAAAAAAUGUAACAGAACCUGGAGGAAAACAAAUGCCUGAAAUACCAAAGUCAGCAGUAGAUCCAACUUGGUGGGAAAUUGUAAGUGAAGAACGGAAUACGUUCUGUUUGGUUGCGAGAGAAAAAGAACUAUUAAAAUUAGUACGAGGUCAAACAGCUUGUAAUACAUACGUAACAUUAUUCGAAAAACCAUUCAAGAGUAUCAUAUUGAUGUCUACAUCAUUUAAUCACCGUUACCUCGCAAUAUAUACGAAUAAUGGCAUUAUAUGGUUGGGGACAACAGAUUUAAAAACAAAAUUUUGCGAAUUCGAUACUGGACGAAGUGAACGUCCCAAACAGAUUGAAUGGAUUUUGGAUCCAGAAAAUUGUCGGCAAUCGGAUGCGGUUAUAAUUUCAUAUUCCAGUUUAUUAUUAAUUGUUAACACUAAUGGAGACCAAACGACUUUUAUGUACGAUCCUGCAACAUUUUUAAUACCAGAAUUAGAUGGAAUAAGAAUUUUAACAUAUACUUCGCAUGAAUUGAUACAAAAAGUUCCCACAUGUGUUUCGAAUAUUUUUGCCAUCAAUAGUCAGCAACCAGCAAGUUUUUUAUUCGAAGCCCAUAAAAAAUUUUUAGAAAAAAGUCAUCAAUCAGAUGAAUAUUUAAAUUUAAUUCGAAAUAAAUUUGUUGAAGCGGUUGACGAAUGUAUUGAAGCUGCGGGAUAUGAAUUUGACCCGGAAACUCAGAAAGUAUUAAUAAAGGCUGCAUAUUUUGGAAAAGGAUUUAUUCCAUCACAUAAUCCAGACAGUUAUAUGGCAGUAUGUAGGAUAUUACGGGUAUUAAACAACCUCAGACAUCCUAAAAUUGGGAUGCCUUUAACUUAUCAACAAUUCUGCAAUUUGAAAGCUGAUGUCGUUUUAGAUCGUCUUGUAUUUCGAAAGCAUUACGCUAUAGCUGUACAUGUUGCAAAACAUUUGAAAUUACCAGAGUCUAGAAUACUUGAACAUUGGGCUUUCCACAAAAUACAAUAUGAUAAUGAUGAUAAAGAAGUAGCUAGGAAAAUAAUUGAAAAAUUCAAAAAUCCAACGGUUCAAGGCGUAUCUUUUAGUAAUAUUGCAGAUAAAGCUCACGAAAGCGGGCGUCCCAAUUUAGCAUUAGAAUUACUUGACUUAGAACCUAAAGCUUCAAAUCAGGUGCCACUCUUAUUAAAAUUAGAAGAAGGACGAAAAGCUUUACAAUGCGCUGUUAAGUCCGGAGAUACUGAUCUGAUUUUAGUUGUUUUAAUAAAACUAAGAUCAAGUCCCAAAUUCAAAAAAGAUUUUUCUGCUUUAAUAAGUGAACAGCCAAUAGCAAAUUCUCUAUUUAAAAAAUAUUGUAGAAUGUUUGAGUUAUCUACAUUACAAGACAUCCUUAAUAGUGGAGAUGAUUUUAGAGCACAAGCAGAUUUUACAUUAAAAGAAGGAAUCGAAAAUGGAAAUUUAGAGUCAAUCCUACCUAAUGUAAGCGAAGCUUACAGAAAAGGUCGUUGCACUAUUGAAGCGGAACUAUGUAGCGAUACUCGUAAACUAAUGAAGAGUCAACAGAGUUUAUCAGAAAAUUAUUCGGGAUAUGGAAUUGAAUUUUACGGACUAACCGUACAACAAACACUAGAAGCUCUUUUUAGAGUUGGCGACUUAAAAUCUGCUGAAAAGUUUAAAAAUGAAUAUAAAAUUCCAGAUAAACGUUAUUGGUGGACUAAAAUACAAAGUUUGGCCGAAAAACAUCUUUGGCCCGAAUUAGAAAAAUUGAGUAAAUCAAAAAAAAGUCCUAUAGGUUAUGAGCCUUUUGUAGAAGUAUGUCUUCAGAUGGGUAAAAAAGAUGAAGCUGAAAAAUAUAUUGCCCUAUGCCGUGACGAUAAGAAAGUAAAAUGGUAUAUCAGAGCAGGGAAACUGGAGAAGGCGGCAAAUCUAGCAUUUGAACAAAAAGAUAAAAAUAGUUUAUAUAUGAUCAAAAUGAAUGCAAUAAAAAAUAAUGAAACUAUAUUACACGACAAGGUACAGAACUUAAUACAACAAAUACCAAAUGAAAAGUAAAAGUGAAUUUUUGAAUUAUUAUUACAUUUUAAUGUUUUGUUUCUAUAUGAAAAAAUUUUAAAUAUAUAUAUAUACAUAAGAUAAUUACUGAUGAAUGUGAUACAUCAUUU